ACUUUCCCGCUCCAUCGCCCCCUUAAAAUCCCCACGUCUCUUCUUUUCCCUCUCACACAUUUUCAUUUUUCUCCGCCGCCAUGAACCGUCGUAUCAGAAACAGAUCUUCCACCGCCGACGGCUACCUCCGCUACCUAAAGCCCGGAGCUCUUGCUCAACUCCGCGACUCCAAAAUCAUUGCUAAAUCUCAUCACCGAUCAUCCGCUUCUCAGAUCUAUCUCCAUCGUGUUUCAUCCUUGUCGCCUCUUUCUUCACCGUCGCGAUCUCCUAACGCCGCCGGUGUAGGACAGCAACAACAGGAGGAAGGUACUGGUACUGUUGCCGCCGCCGACGGCGGUUCCCCUUGCUUUUCCGUCAGAUUUUAUGGUCCUCGGUGUCCGCAGAGGAAGAAGCUCAUGGCUGCUAGAUCUAUGUUUUUUCUUGACCCUAACCCUAAUACUCCGACAUCAGAUGGUCCUGAACCGGUUAUUGAUGCUUUCCCUAAUGAUUUCUUAGUUGCUCAUUGAUUAAGGUAGCAAGUUUGUUUAUAUCAAUAUGUAAAAGAAACAAAAUUACAUUAGUUCGAUUAUAUAUUAAGAUGAUAUUCAAUUGAAGGUUAGUAGGGGUUCAUCUUUUUGUUACUGGAUUGGAAGUUUUCCUGCUCCUUCGAAGGAUUAUGUGAAAAUUAUGUCUGUUAGGUCAAAAAAAACAUCAUCAAUAAAGCUAUUAAUUGUUAAGUUGAA